AGCCAUUUCUUAACGCAACAAAGGAUACCCUUCCUUAUUUGAGACCAAACGCGUACUGAACUGUACCAUCAGAGGGACAUCCUCUCACACACCGUUCCAAAUGCAGGCAUCAUUACAAUUAGCCUUUAUCAGCAAUAUGCUUGAUGGAAGACAAAAACAGGAAGAGAUGGACUGCCAAUCAGUAAGGAAGGAGAUGUCAUCCGAUGCGAUUCAAUGGAGUUCUGAUUCGUCUGGUACCCUUCCUUUAACAUCGUCUAGUAGUAGUUUUUUUAGCAGCAGUAGUAGUAUCAGUGGACACAUUAGUGCCAGUGCGGGUCUUGUCGGAAAUGCAGAUAUGACAGCAAACGAUGAGGAUAAGCCAAGGGAAAUAACUGCAAGACCGGAUGUUGCCGUGAGCGCAGAACUAAGACCCGUCCUGCGAACGGGGCGGUGGACCCCCGAUGAGAAGAUUCUGUUUCUAUACGGUCUCCGAAUGUUUGGAAAGGGGCGCUGGAAAAAAAUGUCUGUUUACCUUCCACAGCGCUCGCUCGUACAGAUCAAGAGCCACGCACAAAAGGUAUUGAAGCGCCAAGAGGCGGGGGAGAACAUAUUUCGUCGGCUCGAAGAGAACUACGGCGAAAUCGACAACCUCGUGGUGCAGGCGGCACGGCAACGAGACGCUAUGCGGAUGGCCGGCAUCAAGGUCCAUACACCCAAAGCCAAAGCUACCAAGUCCAUACCGAAAAAGAAACGUCAGCAGAGCCAGGCGGGAACACCGGGGAUCCCUGAUCAAACGACAGAAGAGCCUUCUUCCGAACUGUUAAACAACGACACUACCGCGUUCMGAACAAAUUCAACGAAUGAUAGUUCUGUUCUAGCCGCAGCAGCUCUUUGCCAGCUGUCGUCAGUAGGCGGAAGAUGGGACCAAAACAAGAACAGAAAUACAGAUAGAGGGAACGAUAAACAAACAACUUUAUAGCAUUUUCCAUAACUACCAAUGUGUGACAAAAGCCUUGUUUAUCAAAGAGUGUUUUGAUUCUAUGCUAAGGGAACUAUGGCGGAUUCUUUCUUAUAUAUGAGAAAUAAGAACAAUACGAAGUA